GAGAUGGAAGUGCCCGCCCUCUCCAAAACUCGUAAACCUACUCUUGAUCUCAAUAUAGACCCUAAGACUACUGUCAUUGCCUUAGUUGAGAUUGAACCACUUCUCCCUGCCUCCUGGAGUUCUUUCCCUUCCUUAAAUAAUAGUCAUCAUCAAGAAACUAAACAACAGACAACAAAGAAAUUUGACAAUCUCUUAAAAGAAAUGAACGAUCUUCUCAAAAACACAAAAUGUUAUGAGAAGAUCACAAAAACAAGAGAAUCUUCGGAGGAAACCAAUAUCUCUGAGGAUGAGUCAGAACUUAAAGAACAAAUUAGAGGACUUGAUAAAAUAAAUAAAGUGCUAUUGACAAACCUUGGUUGUUUAGACCUAGACAAGGACCAGAAUUCGAAGAAACAGGAGAUAACGUCGGAAAACCAGAACUCAAAGGACACAGUACAAGAUUUGGCAAGGGAUUUGGUAAAUCAUUCAGAAGAAAAAAGAGCUGUUAAUGAAACUCAACUAAGUAAGGAAAAAGCAGAAAGCAGAUUCCACCAUGUUCAAGAAGAGAGUAUCAAACUUAGGAACAACAUGGAGCAGUUACUACAGGAAGCAGAACUUUGGAGUGUGCAACAUGCUGAACUUAGUGAACUAAUAAAAGUGUAUCAGAAAUCUCAGAAUGACAUAAGAGUGACUCUUAAAAGUAAGGGAAUCCACUUCCAAACGCAACAGAAUAACAAGGUGCCAGCUAAUUAUGAGCUGGAGGCACAGGUGAGGAAACUGAACCAUGACAUGCAUUCAUUGCAUUUGAUUGCAGCUUUGCUGGAGAAUGAAUGCCAAUUCUUACAGCAGAGAGUAGAGCUCCUCAAGGAACUCCGUUAUCAGAAGGAUGCAACUCUGCAGGAGAAGCCAAUCCAGAUGAACCAUGAACAGGACAAGAAAGAACAGAAGCUACUGGAAGCAGAGAAGGUAGAAAGGUACAAGCAGAAACUGCAAGACAUGGAAGGUACAUUUCAGAAUAAAGACACCUUUUAUAAAAGCCAGGAUUCUUGUCGUAAUAAAAAAGCUCGUAAUAACAGAUUCAAUAUUCGUCUUACAAGAGCUCUCUGGAGAAAAAAGAGGCCAACCAGCAGCCUAAGAUAG